AUGGCUAACAUACACAUUCAGAAAACUCGCUGCAUCUUCUGCAUCUUCGCGAUCACCACCGUUUGUCUUUUAGACAGCGCCGUUGCCGUGUGGCUAAACCAUGGAGGCGAUUUGAGAAACACGAGAAACGCUCGAGAAGAGAUGUUGAUCAGCCCGUCGACUGUCUCAGGUUUACAGUUGAGAUGGAAGUUCUUCGCCGGAAAGGAUAUUUCCGCCACCCCGGCAAUAGCCAACGGCGUCGUGUAUUUUCCCUCAUGGAACGGCUACUUGUAUGCUGUGAACGCAUUCACCGGCGGUUUGAUAUGGCAGCAAAACCUAAGCGAGCUGACGGGGCUUAGGGGCACGGGAAUUAUAGUGAACGUAACGGUCUCAAGGUCAACCCCGACAAUAGCCGGACGCCUCCUGAUCGUCUCGAUUUAUGGACCUGCGGUUGUCAUCGCUGUGAACCGAUCAAAUGGCAGGCUAAUUUGGUUGACUCAGCUUGAUCUACGGCCUCUAGCGGUGAUAACGACCUCCGGAACGGCUUAUAUGAGGGCAUUCUAUGCCGGAGUAUCUUCACUUGAGGUGACCUUACUUGGGGAGCAGUGUUGCACUUUCCGAGGCAGCUUGGCGAAGCUUAGUAUUAGGUCAGGAGCAAUCAUAUGGCAGACCUACACAAUCCCAGACAACGGCGGUAAACGCGGCGGCUACUCCGGAGCGUCCAUAUGGGGAAGCAGUCCCGCGAUCGAUCCGAGAAGGAGACUUGUGUACGUAGGCACUGGGCAGCUCUACACAGUUCCACGAGAGGUCGCACAAUGCCAAGAGAAGCAAAAUAACCAAACCACAAAGCCAAGUCAACCCGACCAGUGCAUAGGGCGGGAUGUGAACUUCGAUUCAAUCAUCGCAUUCGACAUCGAAUCGGGGAGGAUCAGAUGGGCACGGCAACUCGGGGGAUACGACGUGUUUUACUUUGCUUGCUUGGUGCCAAAUAAUCCCGACUGUCCUCCCGGGCCGAACUUGGAUGCGGACUUUGGCGAGGCUCCCAUGUUACUCAGUAUAUCAGCGAAUGGCACCCGGCGAGACAUAGUAGCUGCCGUGCAAAAGAGUGGCUUUGCUUGGGCCCUAGACCGCGACACUGGGGCCAUAGUAUGGUUCAAAUUGGCAGGGCCCGGUGGCCUAGAGGGAGGAGGCACAUGGGGUGCAGCCACGGAUGGACAACGAAUCUACACCAACAUCGCCAACAGCUAUCGAGUGAGAUUCACCCUCGCACCUUCGACCCAAACCACAACGGCAGGCGCGUGGGUCGCGCUUGAUGCAAACACAGGCAAAAUACUCUGGUCCACGGCGAACCCGAGCAACGAGAUGGCGUCUGGGCCAGUCUCGGUAGUCAAUGGCGUCGUUUUUGCAGGGUCACCUGCUCCCAAUGGUCCGUUAUACGCAAUGGAGGCAACAACGGGGAACAUCUUAUGGUCAUUCAACACGGGAGCAACAAUUUAUGGGGGCGUGUCGGCAAGUUACGGGUGCAUCUACCUGGGGAACGGGUAUACCGUUAGUACAGCUAAGUUCCAUCCAACUUGGACACCAGGGACUUCCCUCUUCGCGUUCUGCCUGGGAUGA